AUGAAGCCGGUACUCAUCAACGGCGGUGCGUCGUUCUUUGGCAAGCGGCUUCUAUUUGUCAUUAUCUAUUAUAUCCAAAUUUCGAUUCGACUGUUCCGCCUGCAUGUUCUCGGGCAAUGGCGUCGCCCGCGCGAGGAACCCAAAAUCGCUCUGUAUCACGACCGCGGAGUGGCUUUGAUCCAAUCAGUCAUUCACUUGAUUCCUUUAACGGUAGUGGUAGCAUUCAUGGUUUUGAACAUCCGCUCGUGGUACUGGGGUGACCCAUCCACAACGGUACUCACAGCCCUUCAGUUCGCCGCCAAAUUCUUGGAAAUUAUGAUGCAGACCUCACUGGGGACAAUCUUGAUGAGCAUUGUUCGUCAUCAACUGCUCGGGGACCGCGGACUGCCUCUGGGGAGCUUUCUGGGCCCGUACAGCGUUACCGACAUCUCGUAUCUGUGGUCUUUGGAGUUCUGGGGGGGACUUACUUCCAAGCAUGCUCGUGUCAGACAAAGGCUUGUCCUUGGGAUCGUUAUGUCGGCCUUGGUAGUCUUAGCCUCGCUGGUCGGCCCGUCCAUCGCUGUUCUUCUGAUCCCGCGGCCAAUAGACUACGCAACAGGCCAUUAUCUCAUCUUGCUUGACGAGCAGGAAACUAUAUCUCCAAGUAGUGUUGGUCUGAAAGGAGUGAAUCUCACAAAUGAAAUUGCUUUCCGAGAUGACCUGUUUCAAAUCGUCCGGAACGAAAACAGCGACAUUCAGUUCACUGAUCAAUAUGGCCUGACUCGAACAAUACCAUCCCUUGAAAAGGAUCCUGGAUUCCUUCCAUUCUUUCCCAACCCAGCCCCCACCAUUGGAAUCGGGACUCUUCCAGCUACGCUCAUGUCAGAGGCUCUUAGAUUUCCAGGCUUCUACUUCUUCAACGGGUUGCGGAUAGAAUCGACGCUAGAAAAUAUUGCGAAGACAACCACAUUCCAACCUUAUGUUCAAGGCAACUGCGGGACACAAUGGCUCAACGACACACAGGAUCCCAACAGCACCUACAUAGUCUUCGGGGAUAUCAGUCCAGAAGUCACCAACCUCACAUUCGCAGAUUUCAUUGACAUUAUCAAUUCCGGCACGCCCAACAACUCCACAACGGACACUACGAUCAUAGUGUGGAACGAUGCGCCCGAACAAACAACAAACCACUCCAUAUUGAUGGUCCAGGGAAGUCUGCUAGAGAAUGGCGAGGAAGAUCAUGAGAACGCUGUCGCAAAGGCCCAGGCUUGCGUCAUUGACGCCAUAUGGGCAAACACGGUUCUGAAUGCGACCAGGGAUGUGGUUUCAGAGUGGGUUGUCAACUCCGAACUUGGUUCCAAGAGCAGCCAGAACUUAGAGACACAGCUCAUCAAGAUUUCCUCGGAUUGGGCAAUCAAGGUUAUAGACGUCUACGUUGAAUAUCAGCCAGACCUCAGCAAAAUGCCGCUGGCCAAGGUCUUUGCCCUGGCCCUCGCGGGCAUUGCCCCAAUGCCGCCAGACAUCACAUACGGGCCUUUUGGCUGGAAGGAAGCCCACACCGAUCCCAUGUUCAAAGGCGAAGAGGCCGACGCGGUCUCGCUGUCCCAGACACAGUACGACGCAGCCUCGGCCUACUUCCAAUCGAACCGAGACAUCCUGUCCAAGCAUAACGAUGUCAUCUUCUACGCCGCUGCUAAUUGGACUGAUCCUGGAACGCUUUAUCACUAUGAGUUCAAAACCUAUCGCCAGGGCUACGGCUACGACAGCUCUAGCGUUCCGGUCCUGCUGUCUCUCAUCGUCGUGGGCUUAUAUGCUCUGAUAGCGGUUACGCAUCUUCUGCACACCGUCAUUACUGGCUACGUCGGCAAAUCGUGGGACACCCUUGCUGAGCUUUUGUUGUUGGGACUUCACUCGCAGCCUCCUGGGGUGGCCGCCGCCGCCAAUACUACGGUGGGAGUCGAGACUGUAGCCCCUUUCGAAGAGCCCGUAAGUGUAAGGAUCAACGAAAAUGGGAGGGCGGAACUGCUGUUUGAUAGGGAUGUACUAAACAAGCGGAGGGCAUUGAGCAAGGUGGAAGUCAAUGAAGCUUAUUGA